CAUGAAGGCGGCGGACUGGCAGACGGUCUUGUAUCUCCUCGGGAGCAUAUUCGCUCGCCCGAGCCACAUGCGGCGCUUGGCGAGCAGCAAAGAGAGCCUAGCGAGCGAAGAAGGGACCCUGCCGAACGGCGCUCACACUCUCAUACGCGCGAGGUGUCGCUGCCCUUCGGUAUGCGGGAGCGGUCGCCCCUGCUGGGCCCGCAGGAGCCUUCUCUGGAGGAUGAGACGCCACCGCCUGGAUCUCGCACGCUGUCUCCGCUCAGGCGCGAUGGGGUGCCACCACUGCAGAACCUGGACCCGGAUGGCCCUCGAUGUCGAGCCGACCACAGUGACGUCCGCGCUCGACAAGAUAACGACCCACUCAGCGGAGACAACGUCGACCAGCUGGGCCCGCUGACACCCGUGCGGCUGACGUUCGGACAGCCGCGUACGCCAUCGCCAAGGAUGCCUUCCUCGCAGUCGCCCGCCCCUCGGCCUUCGUCGUCUACGCCGUUCGGUGCCCGUGCUCCUUCGGUCAUGACGCGGGAGCCAUCUGCGCUCACACGAGCACCAUCCGAGCUCAUGCGAGCACCCUCCGAGUCCCUGGCACCCUCCUCGCCUGCACAGGAGCCACGCUCGGCCUUCUCUGAGUACUCGAGCUCUGUCUCGCAUGCCAGCAUGGCUGACAGACCGCGCGGAUGGCGCGCGUCAGUCCUCUCGACCCUCGGUGGAACGCUGGGCCGCGCGUCUGCUGCAAAGGAGACAAAGGAAGCUCCUCAGCAAGAAAGGAGCAGAUCUCGGUCGAAAGGCAAGGAGCGAGACGAAUCGCGCGGUCGGCUACCCCACCUCUCCCUCGGUCGCGCUUCCCGCCCGAGCUCAGCGCAUGUCGAGCCGUAUACAGUGCCGGCGACCCACGCGGGGCACUACGCGCGUGAGCGCCGCGAGUCGGCGUCCCCUUCGCGCUGGGAUGAUCUGAGGAGAGCUGGGUCGGCGUCGCCUGCGCGGCAGCCCAUGACGCCACCGCCGCGGUGGGAGUCGCCCUCGCCACCUCGCCUGCAGCCGCUGCGUAUGCAGAGCUCGAGGGACAGCCUACACGCACCUCGCGGUCCGCGCCCUCUGCAACCGCUGCGACGGGUGCCUAGUAAUCAGGAUCAGUCGCCACUAUGAACGACGGGCCAUCUCAUGGCCUUUGGAUGAGUACUUACAGAUUCGUUGUGCGCGGACUGCUAUGUAUGCGUCUUGCGGUACCGUCAGACGCGUCAGUUGGUCGACAGCCAUCGUCGGCUAUUGUGGUAAUUAGUAAGUCCAGUAGACGCCUCGAAGAGAUGUCAGGGUAACAUACCUAGGAGGAGGCCGGGAUAGCUCCGAAUUCAAGCCAAAGCAUAUCAGGUCA